UCUCCGGCUGGAGCGAAGAUUUCGGCGCGCCCAGAAUCCACAGGCAGAACCGGGGAUCUGACCAGCACAGACAUGCCGGUGCUGUCCGAGGACUCUGGCUUGCAUGAAACCCUGGCGCUGCUGACCUCUCAACUCAGACCUGACUCCAACUACAAGGAAGAGAUGGGCUUCCUGAGGGAUGUUUUCAGUGAAAAAAGCCUCAGUUACUUAAUGAAGAUUCACGAGAAGCUUCGCUAUUACGAGAGGCAAAGUCCAACUCCUGUCCUGCACAGCGCUGUGGCCCUCGCCGAGGAUGUGAUGGAGGAGCUGCAGGCCGCCUCAGUGCACAGCGACGAGAGGGAACUGCUCCAGCUGCUGUCCACCCCCCACCUCAGGGCCAUGCUCAUGGUACAUGAUACGGUUGCCCAGAAGAAUUUUGACCCUGUUCUCCCCCCUCUGCCUGAUAAUAUUGAUGAGGAUUUUGAUGAAGAAUCAGUGAAGAUUGUCCGCCUGGUAAAGAACAAGGAACCCCUGGGUGCCACCAUCCGACGGGAUGAGCACUCAGGGGCUGUCGUAGUGGCCAGGAUCAUGCGAGGAGGCGCAGCAGACCGGAGUGGCCUGGUCCACGUUGGGGACGAGCUCCGGGAAGUGAAUGGGAUCACGGUCCUGCACAAGCGGCCCGACGAGAUCAGCCAGAUUCUGGCUCAGUCCCAGGGAUCCAUCACCCUGAAAAUCAUCCCAGCCACCCAAGAGGAGGACCGUUUAAAGGAGAGCAAGGUGUUCAUGCGGGCCCUCUUCCACUACAACCCGCGGGAGGACCGGGCCAUCCCCUGCCAGGAGGCGGGCCUGCCCUUCCAGCGCAGGCAGGUCCUGGAGGUGGUGAGCCAGGAUGACCCCACGUGGUGGCAGGCCAAGCGAGUGGGGGACACCAACCUUCGAGCUGGCCUUAUUCCCUCCAAACAGUUCCAGGAAAGGCGCCUAAGCUACCGGAGAGCCACGGGUACCCUGCCGAGCCCCCAGAGCCUCAAGAAGCCCCCCUAUGAUCAGCCUUGUGACAAAGAGACCUGUGACUGUGAGGGGUACUUCAAAGGGCAUUAUGUGGCUGGUCUUCGGAGGAGCUUCCGGCUGGGCCGCAGGGAGAGACUGGGAAGCCCACAGGAGGGAAAGAUAUCCGCAGUAGCCGAGUCUCCAGAGCUGCUGACCUAUGAGGAGGUGACCAGGUACCAGCACCAACCCAGUAAGCGGCCCCGCCUGGUGGUUCUGAUCGGGUCUCUGGGAGCCCGACUGCACGAGCUGAAGCAGAAGGUGGUGGCAGAGAACCCACAGCACUUUGGUGUUGCUGUUCCACAUACCACCAGGCCCCGAAAGAGCCAUGAGAAGGAGGGGGUGGAAUAUCACUUUGUCUCUAAGCAAGCAUUUGAGGCCGACAUACAUCACAACAAGUUUCUGGAGCAUGGUGAAUAUAAGGAAAAUCUCUAUGGAACCAGCCUGGACGCCAUCCAGGCUGUGAUAGCCAAAAACAAAGUGUGUUUGGUGGACGUGGAGCCGGACGUACUAAGACAACUGAGGACCUCAGAGUUCAAGCCCUAUAUUAUAUUUGUAAAGCCUGCAAUUCAGGAGAAAAGGAAGACGCCGCCCAUGUCUCCCGCUUAUGAGGACACAGCAGCUCCACUUAAUGAGGAGCAGCGAGAGAUGUCUGCCUCCGCCGCCUUCAUAGACCAGCACUAUGGGCACCUGGUGGAUGCUGUGCUGGUGAAGGAGGAUCUCCAGAGUGCAUGCAGCCAGCUCAGAAUGAUCUUAGAGAAGCUGAGCAAGGACACUUACUGGGUUCCUAUUAGUUGGGUCAGGUAACUGUAUCCUAGAACAUCCAGGUUGGAGGAGACCUGGAAGACCUCCUAGUCCAGUCAUGUUACCAUCAAGGAAUCGCAAGUGUGGAGAGGGGCAGAAUUUCCCAUUAACUCCAUCAUCAAGAAGAAUACAUGUGGGACGUCCUGUUGGUUUUCGUCUGUUUUCCACUGUACCUCUCUGGAGCAGAAAACAUGAGUUGAAAGGGGGCAUAUCACAAAAUAACACAUUUCAUUCAUUAAAGUAUCAUUGGCAAGUUGACCCUGAUUCUUUGUACCAAAGUUAAGUAGCCACUGUCUUUUGGGGGUGGGGGUGGUGAAUUUAUAUAGUACCAACUUGCAGGGAUGUAACCUGUAGAAAGAGGGUGACACUUAUGUAUCCAGCUCUGUUGUAAGUUGAGUUGUUUUACCCAAGGGGGGUUUUCCAUGCAACUGAAGUUCCGUCUUCAAGCAUCAAAAUGUUGAUUUUCACCUUGUUGAUGGCAAGUGCUUGCCUGGCCCUGGAAAACUUGGUUCUCUGCCUUCUUAAAUAGUGAGCAUACAUGAACUUCUAUGGAGGACUGAGGCACACUUCACUGUCACCAUGAAUUACUGCACUGUUCUGAUACAGGGAUGUUUUCAGGGACCCUUGAGGAAGGUAAGGCUGCUUGGCCCUGUUCUGAAUACGCUGAGACUCCUACAGUUGAGCUCUUGCUUUGAUUGGUUUGUUCUGUUCCACCACUUGUCCCUCUCGUUACAGCUGUCCUGGUUCUUGCCUGUCCCUACUUUCAGACGACAGGGGCUCCAGUCGUGCUAGAGCACGGGAAACCAGAUGGUCCUUCUUGUCAAAACUAUGCCCGAGCCACGAUAUGUCAGUCCUGACUGAACAUCAAGUUAUAUAGACUCUGAGUGUGGGCCU